AUGACUAAGAAAAGACUAGCAAUUAUUGGUGGUGGACCUGGUGGGUUAGCUGCCGCAAGGGUAUUUCUUGCCAAUGCACCUGGUGAAUUUGAUAUCGAUUUAUUUACUAACGAUGUCAAUGUUGGUGGGAUCUGGUAUUUCCCUCAUGGGGAUAGCAGACCUAGUAGAGUCAUGUACGAUCACUUAGAGACCAAUAUACCAAAACAUGUCAUGCAAUACAAAGGUGUCCCAUUCCCUCCUCAUUGGUUUAAAUAUCCAAGAAGACAUGAAGUUUGGGUAUAUUUGAAAAGAUACUAUAAUGAAUUCAUUAGAGAUGUCGAAGAUGUUAAAGUACAUCUCUCUAGCGAAAUUGUUAAUGUCAAUAAACAGAACUCACAAUGGUCUCUUGAGGUCAUCGACCAUUCUAAUGAAGAUACCCACAGAGUAGAAGAAUUUGAUUAUGUUAUUGCCGCCACAGGUCAUUUUUCAACACCAAGGAUUCCAUCCAAUGUUCCAGGUUUGGAUGAAUGGUUUACACAAAAGGAUGCAUUCCAUUCAAGAAAUUUCUACGACUGUGAAUUUAUUAAGGGGAAGCGUGUCGUAGUAAUCGGUGAUGGUAGUUCAGGUCAAGAUAUCGUAAAUCAAUGUGCGUCUGUAGCCGAGAAAGUAUUUCAAAGUGUUGCAUCGGGCAAAGAUGACAAGAGAUAUUACGACAACGACCCUACCAUUGAAGUAGUUAAUAAAAUCAAAAGUGUCAAUUGGAAGGAGAGAACUGUAACCCUUGAGGAUGGUAUUGUUCUAAGUAAGAUAGACAAGUUAGUUUAUGCUACUGGGUUUCUUUACGAUCUAAGUAUCUUUGACUCGAAAUUGAGACAAGAUCUAUUGAUUACUGAUAGUUCUAUUGGGAAUACUACUACUACUUCACAUGUGAAUAAUUUAUGGGAACAAAUAUUUUACACAAAGGAUAGUACUUUGGCAUUUUCUUUGUUACCGCAACUUGUUGUGCCAUUCCCAUUGGCAGAAUUGCAAGCCAGUUUGAUAGUAAAAGCAUUUACAGGUAAAUUACAAGUCCCUAACCAAAGUGACUCUACAUUCGAUCAUCUACCUUCUGGACACAACAUCCCAGCCGAGAAAGAGAUCGAGUACUAUCAUGAAUUACUCUCGAUUUUAGCUGACGUCUCAGAUCCAACCAAUCCGGAUAAGUUCCAACCAGAAGCCUGGGACGAAGACAAAGUAAAGGAAAGAUCCAUUACCGCCCAGGAGAAAUACGAAAGAAAUAUUCAAUUGAAUAAAUACUCUCAAGAGGCACGUUCGAAGGGCAACCAAUAUGAACUAAUUCAAUUUAUCAAUGGCCCACCUCCAAAGGGAGUGGAAGCACCAUACCCAUGA